UCACACAAUGUGAGACUGUUAGUGAUGGAUAAAGUAUAUACUAAAACUGUUCUACACAGGAUCAAGUGAUGAUUAAGGAGGGGAAACUUCACAGAAUUUAAUGCACAUCUGAUGUUACGUCUCCUCUCGGGGGCCUAUGUUGUGUCGCGGCUAUAUAAUGCCUGACGCGUUCUCUGUACUGUCCUUUGUAUGUACGUGCAUGUUGUGACCAACCCCGGGGCCAUGUAAUAUACUUAUUGUUUAUACUCUGUUUGUACAAAAUAUACAUUACGUGGUAUCAUUAUUGCUGUCCACGCAAACAUUGUCCUUGUCUUACUAUCGUGAGCAUGGACAUCAGUGCUUCGAGGAUUAUAGUACUUUGUUAACACUGGAGAGUGUGAAAACUCCUGAAUUACAUAUCAUAUUCUUUCGUAUUGAUCUCGAUAUAGUGGAAAAAAUACUUUAUAGAAUAUUUGACGUUUAUGACAGAUAUUUACGUACAGUUUACCUUCGAAGCCAGGCAUAUGCAUUCGUCACUUUGGUAGAUUCAAUCGACCGCAAACCUAGAACAGCACGAGUUAAAUAGCGCGUGUUGAAGUGCAGGGAUUCUGAUGGCUUAACUUUGAUAGUUUUUUUUUUUUUAAAUGGAUUAAUGUCUCUAUCUACUUGCCGUAAUUUACCUGUGUGUUUCAUUCUGUGGUUUGAUAUAUUUUAACUUUUACAACUGACUGGAUCUACGUGAAGCUUAAAAAUAAUUAGCAAAACAGAAGUUGAGGCAGUUUUUAGUUGAACGCCUUCCCAGGAGGGCGUGCUGUAAGUUGUGGUUGAGUGACAGGCCGUGGAUGUCAUCAGUGUCGGGCGCUGAGUUACAGAAGCAUGGUCCCUAUCUAUAAGGGUGCUGCUGGUAUCUUGUGAGGCGGGGAGUGGUCAUCUUUACUAUGAAGUUAAAGCACCGUGUGUUUGGUUCUAUCGUUGGACUUGCAUUUCUAUUAACUUGUAUCUACUUAUUACAAACUUUGCCAAAAAUCAUAGAAUACACUAAACCGUCCUAUCAUGUUAGGAAACUAGUUCCGAGAAUUGUGGAUACGGACGCUCAUUUCUCGGCGCUGAGGAAAAGGUUAAACAAGAGUAAUUACACGAGUGAUGAGUUCAGUCCGGAGGCUGUGGAGGGUGAGAGGGGACAGUCCCGGGGACUGGAGGACCGGAAACCCCACGAGGAAAUCCCCUCCAAGUUUACAGAUGAAGACGUGGACUCUAUGCUACAGAAGUUAGGGAGGACGCAUCCUAAGAUGUUUGACAUGGAUGAAUUACGUGUGACACCUUACGAUACAGUUCUGUGGAAUAUUAAGAAACGGAGUCAUAAGAAAGGGAUUUAUUUACCUGGCUAUGCCAAUCAAAAGGAUCUCGGGGGUGGGUCAGAUAACUGGGAGAAAUUUCAGAGAGGAAUCAAUCAGUAUUAUAUGUAUGACCCCGAGGACCCCGCCAUUGACGGCCUGAUGUCGGACAUGGAAAGAGAGACCGUUAUAGAUGUUGAACAAAAAGAUGGCGGUACGCAGCUCAAGUUGAUCAUCACCUUCGAAGAUGAGGGGCAGGCAUUAUUUAAACCAAUGAGAUUUCCUCGGGAUAUUGAAACGUUGCCAAAUCACUUUUACUUUAGCGACUAUGAGCGCCAUUACGCUGAAAUAGGGGCUUUCCACUUAGACAGGGCACUGGCUUUCUACCGAGUUCCGCCCGUAACAGGAAGAAGAUUUAACAUGACGUCAGAGAUCAAAAGACUGGCAGAUCGAAAACUCGCCAAAACUUUCUUCAUUUCACCUGCCAACAAUGUUUGCUUCCACGGUUCGUGCUCUUACUACUGUGAUUCGGGUCACGCGAUCUGUGGUAACCCCGACACGGUAGAAGCCUCCCUGGCAGCUUUCUUACCCCCAGAAAAAAUAGCCAGGAGAAAAACCUGGAGGAACCCUUGGAAAAGGUCAUACAGCAAACAUCGCAAAGCAUACUGGGAAGUCUAUGAUGACCUUUGUGACAAGGUCAGAACUAAGCCCCCUUACAACAACGAACGAAGACUACAGGAUCUUAUAGAUAUGCAUAUAUUUGACUUUUUAACAGGAAAUCUUGAUCGUCACCAUUACGAAACAUUCAGAGAUUUCGGAAACGUUACAUUCCACAUGCACUUAGACAAUGGCCGAGCGUUUGGUAAGUCGAAGAAAGACGACCUCUCUAUUCUGGCUCCAUUGAUUCAGUGCUGCGUAAUAAGAUUUUCUACAUUCAUCAAACUGUCCAAAUUUUAUAUAGGACCGGAGAGACUGAGUAGCAUGCUUAGGAAAUCUCUCGACAAAGAUAGCGUACGACCUAUCCUAUUGGAACCCCAUUUGAUAGCGCUGGACAGACGAGUUGUAAUUAUUCUUAAAGAAAUUUCUAAAUGUCUUGAAAAAGGACUAGAAGUCAGCGAUGUUAUAGUCGACGACUUUUUCUAGAAUCGUUACAAACUUAAAGGUACUAAAAUCAUCAAAUGAUGAGGGAAAAGCGCCGAGGGAUUCCGAGGACCUGAUUCUUCAUACGGGUACUUAGGGUCAGUGCUGGUCACGUCAUUAACCGCGGAAUAGUGCUUUAAUUUUCUACAAAACGUAUGCUUCGUGACAGUCUAGUCUUAUAAAUCAUUAAUACUUCAUCAUGUCACAAGUCUUAAAAGAAAGAUGCGCUGAAAGAUCUAGUUCACCAAGUUUAUUUCUCUCCCAGUGACGAAUCAUCUUAAAAAUUGAUGUUAUAUGCCAACCUUUUCGGAGAACUCUUGUACCAUGUGUAGGAGGGUUUAAAGUCUUGGACAUUUUGAUCAUAUCAUCGUGCUAAAUUAGUGACACCCCCCUUGACAACAUUGAUCCUUGUUAUUGUGGGACGUUAUAUUGCGUUUGCUUAUUUUACAAUGAAAGUGAAAGAUACGAAAUUUUACAUAGUCACGUGGAUAUGAAGAAAGCAUAUGAAGAGUAGUUUUCGCAUUUUUAUUUAUCACAUUAUUAUUUAUAUGGAGAUAUUUUUAUGAGAGGAUAUCUGUCUUUACUCAAAUAUGGUGCUGACAUUGUUAAUUUCAAAUAGUCAUAAUGUACCACUUAUUAUGAUUUUAACCAUUGAUCUGUUUCAUAAAAAUCCGACUGUUUUUUUAAAAUCCUGUUUGAGGAUGCUAGGGAUUUAUUGGACCACCUGUCUGGAUCACCUGAAUAGGACUGAAGCUAUAGUGGAUCUGGUCAGAUACCUGAUAUGUUAGCUAUCGAACAUAUGGCUUGCUAUUUAAAAUACCUAGUAGGAUACCUAGUAAUAUAGUCAAAAGUGUUAAAAUUCUCAAUUAUUUUUCAAACACAUCUCAACACUUUCAGCCAAACAAGAUAAGCAUUAAAGUAAAAGAAUUUUAACUUUAAAAUUUUAACUUUUAAAAUGUUCCUAAAAUCUAGGUUAAAUAUAUCCACUCGAUGAAACGAUUAAAAAAAAAAUAAAAAUUUUGAAACAGGUUUCAAGGUUUCUCAUUCAUGUAGAAUCAUAACUUUUUUCCAAAAAAAAAAUCAUAAAAGAUACAGUGGGCAUUAUACUUGUUAUUUCGUCCAGAAAAUAAGAAUAUAGGUACUAUACCACAAUAUGACAAGCAAACAUUGUAAAAGGAAGGCUUGUUGAAACUUCCGAUUUUUUUUUAAUUCAACAGUCAUCAUUGUCAAUGUCUGCGAACAUACAUUCCUGUAGAACUAGUCGAUUAAGUGACAUUCCAUGCCAAACGAGGCCUUACAUUUUCAUAUCACAGAACAUUGUGUGUGUGUUAUAUUAUUAAGAGUGUUUGGAAUGAAUUCUUUAAUGUUUGUUGGUGCAAUAAUUUAUUUGGGUUGUAUUGUCUCUUGUGUAUGUAUAUGAAUGUUAUUGAGUGAUGCACUUGAAUAAAAUUGUUUGUAAAGCUAUAA